GAAAUUAUAUUCUCUGGAGCUUUAUUGUCAACAGAUAAAACUUGAAGGCAGCAUUUUUGUAUAUGGCUGAAACCAAGGCUGGUGUUAGUAGUCUGCACAAAGAAUGGGAGAAAAUGAUCAGCCCAGGAUGUCGUCUGAGGAUGAAGAACAGCCUGAGAGCCCUACCGGCUCCCCUUGGUCUUGGAUUCCACUGAUGAAAGAUCCUGGUUGGAUUCGAAACGUCUGGACUCGCAAUCUAAACGUCCAAACCAUGAAUUACGUCGGACAGUUAGCAGGGCAAGUGUUUGUAACUGUGAAGGAGCUCUAUAAGGGACUAAACCCAGCCACGUUGUCGGGAUGUAUAGAUAUAAUCGUUGUACGUCAGCCAGAUGGAAAUCUUCAGUGUUCCCCUUUCCAUGUGCGCUUUGGGAAAAUGGGAGUUCUGCGUUCUAGGGAGAAAGUGGUUGACAUAGAAAUUAAUGGAGAGGCUGUAGAUUUGCACAUGAAACUAGGAGACAAUGGAGAGGCCUUUUUUGUUCAGGAAAUGGAUAAUGAUAAGGAGGUAAUUCCUUACCAUCUCUCUACAUCCCCUAUUAUAUCUGAGGGAAGUGCUUUAAUGGAAGCUCAGCUGAAGAGAAACUCCAUUGACAGGAUAAGAAACCUGGACAACAGUGGACCCUCGCAAGUAUCGUCCCAAGCUCAUGGAUCCCAGCCGGGUACUGAAACAUCUCCAGUUUGUAGCUCUGUGAAAAAAAGGAGGAAAAAGAGGAGGAAAUCUACUCAUAAAAUAGACAACUUAAAAAGAGAAGACAAUGGAGACACGUCGGAAGAUGAAGACAUGUUUCCUAUAGAGAUUAGCUCUGAGGAAGAAAAGGAACCACUGGACAAUUCAAGGAUCCCUGUUCCAGAUGUGUUUGUUGAUGAAGUAUCUGACAUAAAGGCUCCUGUAGUUUCUACAUAUUCUCAGUCUUCAUCUUAUCCUCAUUCAGAUGGAGAAUGGUCUCCUCUUCAAAGUAAACCUAUAGAUUGCACAGGGCAAUCCUCUCUUCUCGCUGUUCCAGCAGAUGGAGGCCUAUCUAACUCUUGUCCUCAUCAAUCUCACUUUUCUCCUCCAGACAGCCCUUCAGGUUCACGCCCUUCUACUCCUAAAAGUGAUUCAGAAUUAGUCAGUAAACCUAUGGACAGGAGUGGACUGAAGAAUAAUCCACACAUGCAUUGGGCCUGGGGAGAGCUACCCCAGGCUACAAAGACGAGUUCCCUGAUCAAAGCUAAGGAACUCAGCAUGGUAGAUGUAAAUCCUUCUGAAAGCACUCACUUUCGGGUCAUCCAGAGUGCUCCUGUGGAGGAGUUUAACACCGUGUCUCCUCUACCUGCCCUUGGACAAGCAGAUGCAGCAACUGCUGAUGAAACUGAGCCCUUGCCAGCUGAGACAAAUAAGCCAGAGACAGAGUCUGCAGGAGCAGCUGUAGCACCAUUGCCUGCCAAUGAAGAAAUAAAACAAGCUGCAGCUUGCUCAGCCCAAGCAGUUGGCAAGACAGAUUCCCCUACCAGAAAGAAAGACAAACGAAGCCGACAUCUUGGUGCUGAUGGUGUCUAUUUAGAUGACCUCACAGACAUGGAUCCAGAAGUUGCUGCACUUUAUUUCCCUAAAAAUGGGGAUAAUAUACAAAGCAAGAACACAAAUGACACAGGGCCGUGGUCUGCCAGUCAGUCUCCGCAGUCUUUUGGGAGUUCAGGUGUUGACAGUGGUGUUGAAAGCACCUCAGAUGGAAUCAGAGAUUUGCCCUCCAUUGCCAUUUCUCUUUGUGGAGGCCUUACUGACAACAAAGAAAUAACCAAAGAAGAGUUCUUAGAACAUGCAGUAACAUAUCAGCAGUUUGUGGACAAUCCUGCUAUCAUUGAUGACCCUAACCUUGUAGUUAAGAUUGGAAAUAAGUACUACAACUGGACAACUGCUGGUCCCCUUCUGCUGGCAAUGCAAGCAUUCCAGAAACCUUUGCCAAAGUAUUCAUGCUUAAGUUACUUCAGAGCAGUGCUGGAUACCAUUAGAUUUUGCUUUAGUAGAAUUUACGGUUCACAGACAGCCACGGUAGAAUCUAUCAUGAGGGACAAGAUGCCCAAAAAAGGUGGAAGGUGGUGGUUUUCCUGGCGAGGGAGAAACAGCACUAUUAAGGAGGAAACAAAGGCAGAGCAAGGUAUGAGUGGGAGUAGACUUACAGGAGAAGAAUCUUCACAGAUGAGCAUGGCAAACAGAAUAAAAGAUGAAUCUUCUUCGAGCGAUGAAGACCCUAGAGCUGCCAAACAAAACCUUGGGUCAUUACAAACCAACUCGAGUCAUCUCUCAUUAUUGUCUGGAAUCAGUUACAAAAAAACCCUUCGACUCACUUCUGACCAGCUUAAAAGCUUAAAGCUCAAGAAUGGCCCCAAUGAUGUGACCUUUAGUGUUACAACACAAUAUCAAGGCACUUGCCGCUGUGAAGGCACCAUUUACCUAUGGAAUUGGGAUGAUAAAGUUAUUAUUUCUGACAUUGAUGGAACAAUCACACGAUCAGAUACUUUAGGUCAUAUUUUGCCUACUCUUGGCAAAGACUGGACACACCAAGGGAUUGCAAAGUUGUACCAUAAAGUGAGCCAAAAUGGAUAUAAAUUUUUGUAUUGCUCAGCACGUGCUAUUGGAAUGGCGGACAUGACCAGAGGAUACUUGCACUGGGUCAAUGAACGAGGAACUGUGCUGCCUCAAGGGCCAGUGCUGCUGAGUCCAAGCAGCUUAUUCUCAGCUUUGCACAGGGAAGUGAUAGAAAAGAAGCCAGAAAAAUUCAAAGUUCAGUGUCUGACAGACAUAAAAAAUUUGUUUUAUCCUAACACAGAACCCUUUUAUGCUGCUUUUGGAAACAGACCUGCUGAUGUUUAUUCAUACAAACAAGUGGGGGUUUCUUUAAACCGAAUAUUUACAGUUAACCCCAAAGGAGAACUUAUACAAGAGCAUGCAAAGACAAACAUCUCAUCCUAUGUCAGACUAUGUGAAGUGGUAGAUCACAUUUUCCCUUUGUUGAAAAGAAGCCAUUCUUCAGACUUUCCUUGUUCUGAUACCUACAGUCAGUUCACCUACUGGAGAGAACCUCUACCACCUUUUGAAACUCAGGAUGUACAUCCAGCCUCAUCUUAACUGCAUCUCCGAACUGUCAGCCUCAGAUCAAAGAACAAGUUAGCUUGUAUUGCAAGGACUUCACUUGGCUUUUGCUGUUGACAGUUCAGCUGGAAUCUGUGAUGUGAGCAUUGUAUUCCUUUGCUGUGAGCAAACUUAGAAAUGCUUCUUCAUACUUAGUCACGUUUCCAGAUGACAAGAGUGAGUCGUACUAGGAAUGGGAAUUACAUUCCUAAUGUUCCUUCAUCCAGCAACUCAAAUCGUGCCAUACAGUUAACAUUGCUUAAAGUCAAAUAAAAGUGCAGUGAUGACAGAGUUGCAGUUAAACAUGUCAUAAGGUCACAAAGUGGUUCUGUAUAUUUCUUGCAUUACUGAAGUUGUCUUUCAUCUCAUCAGUAUCAUCAGAAACCCUUGCAAGUUAGGGAGCUGAAGGUGCUCACAAUUCCUCACAAGAUUUUUUGAUACAUGUUGCAGCCCAUAUGUCAAAAUUCCAUCCUCUGAAAGAGCGAAUGACUGAGUAGGGUGGUUGGACCAGGUGACCUCCAGUGGUGCCUUCCAAGCUUAACUAUUCUGUGAUUCCUCUUUCCUCCUUGAUUGACCAUCUGAUGUUUGUUUAAUGGUUCAUUACUGGUCUAGGUCCUCAGCUGUUGUAAAUUGGUGUACCCAUCAAAGACGAUGGAGUGUGUUGAUUUAUUUCAACCUGUUGUUUUGACCUGCUAAUGCUUUUUUUGUGUGUUUGGAAAUAAAUGAUGUGCAAUGUAAAUGGGAAGUAAAUGAAGUGAGAUGGACAGAUUCUGCCAGUCUUCUUCAAGUUGAGGAGUACCAUGUUUCAGAACACCUAUUUGGGUUAAGAUACACGUGAAAGUGUAAGAUGCAGGCUACUGUGCAUAGUGCCCAUCUUAUUGAAGUCAGUGGUUUGACUCUGGUGAUUUUUCAGUAAAAACAUCUUACUAAGCAGAUAUGCUGAGUUUCAAUAUCAUUGCUGAGCCGAGAAAACUGAAGAUUUAGUCAAAAUGGAAUAGUUUUAUUUAAAAUGUUAUUUUUGGCUUAAGUGUGAACUUAGAUGCUGGUGAAUGAUGCAUCUUAGGUUUUUACUGAAUGGAUUUUUUUGUUUGUUGUUGUAUCAUAAAGAAUGGAUGCUUUUAGUGCGAUUUACUGUGCUCGAAGAAAACAAAAUCUUCUCUUUCAUCUUUUUUUUUCUCCCUCUCAUGUGUUCAGGCACAAGCUGUGGAUACUGUUUUUGCUACUUGCUCUCAACUGCCUUAAGAUUUAACUGUGCAUCGUAGAAGCAAUACUGCAGAUCAGUUGAUAAUAUUUUCCAAAUGAUCUGCCUUCACAAUGUGGUACUUUUAAAUGUAUGCAUCAGAUGACCAUAUGCCAAAUAAUCGUUAAUGAGCUGGUAGCUAAGAAGGUGAUUUUUCCCCUCAUUUUAAAAUGUGUUUAAAAGUUGAAUUGUUCUCUGAAACAUUGAAAAUGGCAUCAUGGAAUUCCAUGUAUUGGAAUAUGUAUUUCAGUAUGGCUAAAACAGUGGUUCGUAAGCUGUGAUCUCUGCCAACUUGUGAUCUGCAAGGCUAUGAUACAUGUUUUGCAGCUGCUUUGCAGUGUUUUCAGUUAAGAGUUUAAUAAUAGGAAGGCAGAGUGGUACAGGAAAAAACUUUAAGAUGUGAUUGUGGUUGGUUAGCACCCAAAGGUUUGGGAACAGCUGCUCUGCAUCACAUUUAUUCUGUCUCAACAAAUUCUGAUUUUGCAUCUCAAAAGAGUGAUAACAACAUAGGUGGGAUGGUAAUUCUGUAAUAGGGAUUUUUAACUUCUUGUGCUGCAGACUUUAUCUGAGAUGUCAGGGGGCCAAUUUAUGAUUUCCCUGUGCCUUCAAUAGUAAUUAAUAAGUGCAAUCCUCUACACAACUGCAAUGUACAUAGCUGCAGUGUGCAGCGGUGAGCCCUUCCUAAGUCUUCCUUUUCACAUGAACGUUGCUGGUUCAGGCAAGGUACACGUCUGUUUCGGAGAUACCGGAAUUAGUAGACAAACACAAAGAGGAAGAAAUGUUUAAAGAAAAUACAAAUAUCUUUUUACUGUCAGAAAAUCUGUACCACAUCUCUUAAAUCUGUCAGACAAUCAGUGAGGAUCUCAGGUUGCCAAACCGAGAUGGUUGUUGCAUCUCUGAAUAUAGCCACACUUUAAGUACCCAUUUAUACUUGUCGCUAAUUAUUGAAUUAAUGGAUUAAUGUACCACCUGAAUCCUGUGUGAUUCAGUUUUUGUAAAGGUCUGCUUCAGUCCAUUAUGCAAAUUAAAACCAAAUCAGCCCUUCUCUUCAGUUAGAGGCCAUCAGGUUUUUUUAUUCUUCACAGUAGUUGAGAUUAGCUUUCCUAAGGUAUUGCAUGCAGUAGCUUCCACCAGGAAAAGAAAGGUCCAAGAGAGUUCUUCACAAUUAAAGCCUAAAGCCUGUGUGUAUUUAUUUAUGACUUAAUAAAUAGCCUGUCCAGGGCUGUUACUGCCAUUAGUAUUUCAACCCAAAUGAUAGUGUGAAUGAGUGGUCAUUUUAAUUCCAUCAGAUUUGUGAGAGCAGUGCCACGCUGGUGCAGGUAGCCCUGAGAUGCUGUGAAAUCCCAAUCCUGGAGUUUGCCAAGACUCGGUUAAACAGAGCUGUGGCUGACUUGGCUCUCAUGUUGUCUGUUAUCUGUGAAAGCAUGAAGUUGGACUAGCUGACCUCCAGGGGUCCCUUCUGACCAACAUUGCUAUGGUUGUGAAGUUAACACCGUACUUCUGACACACAGUAUAACCCUUUGUAUCUGAAAGCUUAAAUAUAGCCGGAAAGUGAAACAGAUGUGUGUUUAUAUAACUCAUGUUUAUCAAACCUGAUCACAGAAAAGACAGUUAAGAAAAUCCAAUACUAGAAACAUUGCCGUACUUUUAAAGGGAGUUUAAGAUAUUUUGUUUUGGUAGCUGAGCAGUUUUAUGCAUAAUAUUUAAACUGCUGUGGUAAUUCCUAACGAAGAAAAAAAGGAUGGUUUAACAAAUUCCUACUCUUUCUGUGAAAGAAAAAACUUUCUCAACUUUCCUUUCAGUGUAAUGCUGGUUUCUGUUACAGAAAGAAUAUCUGGCUAGCAUAAAUACGCAGAGACAUUAAAUCACUGUAUUUUCUAUUUAUACGGUACACAUAAACGAGAAUGUGCUGCAGCGAGGAGUGACUGAUGUUUAUUUUCAUGAAGCUGAUGACCAUACCCCUCCAGCUGUGUCAUGUGAGGGACAGAAUACCAUGACUGUUGCACUAUUUCUGUUACAGAUAAAAUGUUACUGAUGUAAAAUAGGGAGGGAGGAGAAAGAGUAUUGGGUAUUUUUAUUUGUAGAUACGGAUUAUUAUUUCAAAGACUAUGUAUAUACAGUAUUUACUCUGUAUAUGUAUGUGCUAUCAGAAUGAUGAAAAUCAUUUUAACACCUCAUUUUGAUCCGCUGAAUGCAACGACAAUAGAACUAUAUAUUGUAAUAAAGGAAAAUGUAAAUUUC